CCAGUCUUUCUCAGUUAUAAUAUUAAGUAGGGCUUUCUGGUAGUGUAUCCUUUGGAUCCGAAGCAAUCGGAUCGCCAAGGCGGUGGCCAUUUGUAGUAUUAUUUUCAGUAUAGCAUUGUGAUUUUCGUCCAUGAUCCGUUGACACGCAUCGGAACAAUUGAGCCCUUAAAAAAUUCUUAUCCAGAUUGUUGAUGGUUCGAUACGAAUCAGUGGUCGAGGCCCUACUAUAAUUAUUCCGGUACUUACAUACAUAUCUGGAUUGCCACUUUAUUUAGCUGUAAUCAAUACAGGUACAAAGAAGAUAAUCUUGUAAACCCAUCUGUUAAAAAUGAAAUACAAGUAUUUUCAUUGAGGCCAAAGCAGACGUACUCGGAAUUUUUUGAAGCCAUAAACCGACAGGAUGAUACGUACUACGUUGUCUCGUUUACUGAUCAGCACAUGUUGCUACCUGCGCUAAACCACAACAAAACUAGAAGACCAAAGAUGUCUCUCAUUAUGCCAUCUGUUCUACCAAAUGCCACGUUUUCACAAACAGAGCUCAUCCCACUGAUGCAAAUUGACUGUGAAGUGUUAGACACCAAACUGAUACAUGUGAAACAUGGAUCUAUACCACAACAUCUUAGGGGCUUUAGCAAUGAUACCAAAAAAGAAGCUGGUGAGAGUACUGCAAGUGAUAAAAAGUAUAAAAGGCCCUAUAAACCAUAUUUUGUCAAUAAUAACCUAUUGAAGCCUAGUGGGGGUUUUUUGGAUUUAAACUAGAUUAAUUGUAAAAUGGAUUUUGGACAUAAUUGCAAAAUAAAUAAAUUAAUAAUGA